UUAUUUUAUUAUGUUUUAAUUUUAUUAUUUUAUUACUUCCCUUCUACGUGACUUUACCGAAAGAACCAAGAAGAUGAAUCCCUGCAGUCACGAAAGCUUUAAAUCGAAAUUCGGCUUCGUGUUCAAGUGGCCACUACUGCCGUUACUCGCGACGAUGACGAUGAUGAUGCUGCUGCUGUUGUGAUGGCUAUGCACGUGACCACCUCGAUUGUCCAGCGCUUGCUGCUGCUGCUGCUGUUUGUUAGAGGAAUCAGCAGCGUGGGGAGGGGGGGUGAUCACGCACAGAUGGUGCCAAAAUACUGGAGAGUGUGGACUAAUCUCCAUCUGUUCCAUCUCACUCCCUUCUACCCCGUGUAUGGACUAAUCUCCAUCUGCUCCAUCUGAAGAGUGUGGACUAAUCUCCAUCUGUUCCAUCUCAUUCCCUUCUACCCCGUGUAUGGACUAAUCUCCAUCUGUUCCAUCUCACUCCCUUCUACCCCGUGUGUGGACUAAUCUCCAUCUGUUCCAUCUCACUCCCUUCUACCCCAUGUGUGGACUAAUCUCCAUCUGUUCCAUCUCACUCCCUUCUACCCCGUGUGUGGACUAACCUCCAUCUGUUCCAUCUCACUCCCUUCUACCCCGUGUGUGGACUAAAAUCCAUCUGUUCCAUCUCACUCCCUUCUACCCCGUGUGAGGACUAAUCUCCAUCUGUUCCAUCUCACUCCCUUCUACCCCGUGUGUGGACUAACCUCCAUCUGCUCCAUCUCACUCCCUUCUACACCCGUGUGUGGACUAAUCUCCAUCUGUUCCAUCUCACUCCCUUCUACCCCGUGUGUGGACUAAUCUCCAUCUGCUCCAUCUCACUCCCUUCUACCCCGUGUGUGGACUAAUCUCCAUCUGUUCCAUCUCACUCCCUUCUACCCCGUGUGUGGACUAAUCUCCAUCUGUUCCAUCUCACUCCCUUCUACCCCGUGUGUGGACUAAUCUCCAUCUGUUCCAUCUCACUCCCUUCUACCCCGUGUGUGGACUAAUCUCCAUCUGUUCCAUCUCACUCCCUUCUACCCCGUGUGUGGACUAAUCUCCAUCUGUUCCAUCUCACUCCCUUCUACCCCGUGUGUGGACUAAUCUCCAUCUGUUCCAUCUCACUCCCGUCUACCCCGUGUGUGGACUAAUCUCCAUCUGUUCCAUCUGUACGGGGAUAGUGUGUUUUCCCCUCGGGAGGUGGCGCCGAGUUACCAAUUUGACGUAAUUAUCAACCCUGCAGAGCCACUUGUGGAUAUUCCACAUUCCUAUGGCGGCAUGGGGUCAGGGGGCGAGCCAGACCAUCGCCAAACCGCUGGUAACCUCUCCAGCGGUUUCAAGAAUGGGUGAGUGGGGGGGUAGAUGGGUGAGUGAACGGCUGAGUGAGUGAGUGAGUGAAUGUGUGUGUGUGAAUGAGUUGAGUUUGUACGAUCUCCCCCUGUUUUACAGAGUGAGUGAGUGGAGUUUGUAUGAUCUCCCCCUGUUCUACAGAGUGAGUGAGUGGAGUCUGUGUGUUCUCCCCUUGUUCUACAGAGUGAAUGAGUGGAGUUUGUAUGAUCACCCCCUGUUCUACAGAGUGAGUGGGGUUUGUAUGAUCUCCCCCUGUUCUACAGAGUGUGGGGUUUGUAUGAUCUCCCCCUGUUCUACAGAGUGAGUGAGUGGAGUUUGUAUGAUCCCUCCCUGUUCUACAGAGAGAGUGGAGUUUGUAUGAUCUCCCCCUGUUCUUCAGAGUGAGAGUGAGUGUAGUUUGUAUGAUCUCCCCCUGUUCUACAGAGUGAGUAAGUGUAGUGUGUAUGAUCUCCCCCUGUUCUACAGAGUGAGUGAGUGGAGUUUGUGUGAUCUCGCUCUGUUCUGCGUGUGGCCUCCGGUCUCCUCCCAUAGCUAAACCCACAACCAAAGUGGAACUGUGACUGUGCCCGCCGUGCCAAACUUGAGCUCACCGUGCCAAACCUGAUCUCACCGUGCCAAACCUGAUCUCACCGUGCCAAACCUGAUCUCACCGUGCCAAACCUGAUCUCACCGUGCCAAACCUGAUCUCACCGUGCCAAACCUGAUCUCACCGUGUCAAACCGGAUCUUACCGUGACAAAACCUGGAUAGGAGAGACUCCAAAUGUACAUACGCCACGGCCGUGAUCGAACCCACGACCUCCUGUAGACCAGGCGAGGUAGUUAACAUCUUUUGGGGCCAAGUAUACAGCAGGCGUCCGUCAGUGUCCGGCAUCGAACCCACGAUCCUCCUGUAGACCAGGCGAGGUAGUUAACAUCUCUUCGACGUCCGGGGACUUCAUACACAGCGUCAUGAGCCUCGGGCAUUCAGUAGAGAGACAGAGAGAGACGUUAACAUCUCCCAGGUACGGUGGCUAGGAGAUGUUAACAACUUAGCUUGGUCUACAGGAGGUCGUGGGUUUUGAUCCCGACCCUGAGUGGAGUUUGUAUGAUCUCCCCCUGUUCUACAGAGUGAGUGGAGUUUUUAUGAUCUUCCCCUGGUCUACAGUGAGAGUUUGUGUGAUCUCCCCCUGUUCUAAAGAGUGAGUGGAGUUUGUAUGAUCUCCCCCUGUUCUACAGAGUGAGUGCAGUGUGUAUGAUCUCCCCCUGUUCUACAGAGUGAGUGGAGUUUGUAUGAUCUCCCCCUGUUCUACAGAGUGAGUGGAGUUUGUAUGAUCUCCCCCUGUUCUACAGAGUGAGUGGAGUUUGUAUGAUCUCCCUGUUCUACAGAGUGAGUGAGUGGAGGUUGUAUGAUCUCCCCCUGUUCUAUAGACUGAGAGUGAGUGGAGUUUGUAUGAUCUCCCCCUGUUCUACAGAGUGAGUGAGUGGAGUUUAUAUGAUCUCCCCCUGUUCUACAGAGUGAGUGAGUGGAGUUUGUGUGAUCUCCCCCUGUUCUACAUAGUGAGUGGAGUUUGUAUGAUCUCCCCCUGUUCUACAGAGUGAGUGAGUGGAGUUUGUAUGAUCUCCCCCUGUUCUACAGAGUGAGUGAGUGGAGUUUGUAUGAUCUCCCCCUGGUCUAUAGACUGAGAGUGAGUGGAGUUUGUGUGAUCUCCCCCUGGUCUAAAGAGUGAGUGAGUGGAGUUUGUAUGAUCUCCCUCUGUUCUACAGAGUGAGUGGAGUUUGUAUGCCCGACAUAACCGCCACCUCUGACAGAAAAAAACAAAUUCGGGCAGCGCCCCCCACACCCCCGGAAACUUGAAGGGACGUUCCGUUCGGGACGCAGGUCCGUGCCAAUCCGCACACGCACGCACGCGCGCACAUGUGCGUCCAUGAAACGACGAUGUCGUAUCAUCGCCAUUGUGUAGGGUUUUGCUUAUCCGCGCCCCCCUGGGUCGAAGGCCGUCUGUGCUGUUCUACUCCCUCCACCGCAACCCUCCCGUCCCCGCCGACGCUGCCGGCUUUAGCGACAAAGCCACAGGGACUCCUGUGGGCCGACAAGCCAAAUCCGGUUGUGGGAUCGGGCGGUUAUUGGUCAAGGCUGACAAAAACCGCCGCCGCCACCACCGCUGCCACCGCUGCCACCAAUCGUCAUCUUCGCUGCUACCUCCUCUUUUACCACCACCUCCUUCCGUCGUCAUCGCGUUCGAUAAAGACGCUACGCGUAGCGUGGCGGCACGUGUCCCCCCCACGGCGACCACAGGCCAAGAAUGCGGGAGUGCCAAAAUGGCGGCCACCCACUGCCAAAAUUGGCGGCCGCCGCCGACUGUUGCCAAGAUGGCGGCCGCCGCCGACUGUUGCCAAGAUGGCGGCCGCCGCCAACUGUUGCCAAGAUGGCGGCCGCUGCCGACUGUUGCCAAGAUGGCGGCCGACUGGUGCCAAGAUGGCGGCCGCCGCCGACUGUUGCAAAGAUGGCGGCCGUCGCUGACUUGCCAAGAUGGCGACCGCCGCCGACUGUUGCCAAGAUGGCGGCCGCCGACUGUUGCCAAGAUGGCGGCCGUCGCUGACUUGCCAAGAUGGCGGCCGCCGCCGACUGCUGCCAAGAUGGCGACCGCCGCCGACUGUUGCCAAGAUGGCGGCCGCCGACUGUUGCCAAAAUGGCGGCCACUGCCACAAGAUGGCGGCCGCCAACUGCCAAAAAUGGCGGCCGCGGACUGCUAAGAUGGUGGCCGUCAACGACUGGCAAGAUGGCGGCCGCCGACUGCCAAAAAUGGCGACAGGAACGUGGCCGGGAAUGUGAUUUUAUUCAUUUAAUAUUUUUAAAUUUAUUUCAACUCCCCCCCCUCCCCCUCUCCCCGUCGGUCGUGAAUUUUGCACCCAAGGUUGAGUCUCGCACCUUGGCCCAAAUUGCUUGCAUGUGUGCAUGCGUGUGUGUGUACAUAUAUAUAAAUAAAAUAUAAUAUAAGAACUCGAGUUAAGGCGCGGCGGUGGCCAGGCCUCUGGUUUGAUCACAGGCCUGGCCGCGCCUGGUUCACGGGAAACAGCCGAUAGGCUCCCACUAGUUUAGUUUUCGUUGAACGUUCGUUUUGUUAAUUUAUUUUAUUUUUUUAACUUGCCGAUCGAUGAUACUACCUUUGCACACAUUUCACGAUCUCUUUCUCUCUCUGUGUUGGACAGGAGGGGGGAGAGUUAUUGUUGGAAGGACGUUCGGUUUGCGGAUUGUUUGUCUUCCCGCGGGGCUGAGAAAAUGCACCGUCGAUUUGAUUGGUCGGAGCAGUUGGGGGGGGGGGGGGUCGCUCCCUUCCUUUGUCUGUGUCUUUGUCUGUGUUUAUCUCUGUGUGUGUCUCUAUAUGUGUGUGUUACUGUAUAUCUAUGUAUGUGUCACUGUGUCUAUCUGUGCUAAUGUGUGUGUCUGUGUGGGUAGUCUGUGUUUAUUUCUGUGUCUAUCUCUGUAUCUGGGUGUGUAUCUCUGUGUGUGUCCUUCUCCUGUGCGUCCCAUGUGGCUGUCUGAUCUGUUCUAAUGUCUCCCCUGCUUCUGUGUCUCUGUCUCUAAUGUCUGUGUAUCCCUGUGUCUCUCUGUCCGCGUGCCUCGCUGACUGUGUCUCAGUGUCUAUCUCCCCAUGUCCAUGAGUCUCAGUUGCUCCGUGUCUGUCUGUCUGUCCGCAUGUCCAUGUGUCUCGGCGUAUUUCUGUGUCUCUGUCCCCGUGUCUCAGUGUCUGUGUGUCUCAAUGUCUGUGUGUCUCAGUGUCUGUGUGUCGGUGUGUCUCAGUGUCUGUGUGUCUCCGUGUCUCAGUGUCUGUGUGUCUCAGUGUCUGUGUGUCUCCGUGUCUCAGUGUCUGUGUGUCUCAGUGUCGGUGUGUCUCAGUGUUUGUGUGUCUCAGUGUCUGUGUGUCUCAGUAUCUCCGUGUCUCAGUAUCUCCGUGUCUCAGUGUUUGUGUCUCAGCAUCUCCGUGUCUCAGUGUCUGUGUGUCUCUGCGUGUCUCUGUCUCUGUGUGUCUCUGUGUGUCUCUGUGUGUCUGUCUCUGUGUGUCUGUCUCUGUGUGUCUCUGUGUGCCUCUGGACUGGAGGUGUCUCUGUGUGUCUCUAUCUCUGUGUGUCUCUGGACUGGAGGUGUCUCUGUGUGUCUCCGUGUGUCUCUGUGUGUCUCUGUGUCUCUGGACUAGAGGUGUAUGUGUGCCUCUGGCCUGGAGGUGUCUCUGUGUGUCUCUGUGUGUCUCUGUGUGUGUCUCUGUCUCUGUGUGUCUCUGUGUGUCUCUGUCUCUGUGUGUCUCUGUGUGUGUCUCUGUCUCUGUGUGUCUCUGUCUCUGUGUGUCUCUGUCUCUGUGUGUCUCUGUCUCUGUGUGUAUCUGGACUGGAAGUGUUUCUGUGUGUCUCUGUCUCUGUGUGUCUCUGUGUGUCUCUGUGUGUCUCUGUGUAUGUGUGUCUCUGUCUCUGUGUGCCUUUGUGUGUCUCUGUGUGCCUCUGGCCUGGAGGUGUCUCUGUGUGUCUCUGUCUCUGUGUGUCUUUGUGUGUUUCUGUGUCUGUGUGUCUCUGUGUGUCUUUGUGUGUCUCUGUCUCUGUGUGCCUCUGUGUGUCUCUGUGUGCCUCUGGCCUGGAGGUGUCUCUGUGUGUCUCUGUGUGUCUCUGUCUCUGUGUGUCUUUGUGUGUCUCUGUGUCUGUGUGUCUCUGUCUCUGUGUGUCUCUGUGUGCCUCUGUGUGCCUCUGGCCUGGAGGUGUCUCUGUGUGUCUCUGUGUGUCUCUGUGUGUCUCUGUCUCUGUGUGUCUUUGUCUCUGUGUGUCUUUGUGUGUCUCUGGACUGGAGGUGUCUCUGUGUGUCUCUGUGUGUCUCUGUCUCUGUGUGUCUCUGUGUGCCUCUGGCCUGGAGGUGUCUCUGUGUGCCUCUGGCCUGGAGGUGUCUCUGUGUGUCUCUGUGUGUCUCUGUGUGUCUCUGUCUCUGUGUGUCUUUGUCUCUGUGUGUCUCUGUGUGUCUCUGGACUGGAGGUGUCUCUGUGUGUCUCUGUGUGUCUCUGUCUCUGUGUGUCUCUGUGUACCUCUGGCCUGGAGGUGUCCCUGUGUGUCUCUGUGUGUCUCUGUCUCUGUGUGUCUUUGUCUCUGUGUGUCUCUGUGUGUCUCUGGACUGGAGGUGUCUCUGUGUGUCUCUGUGUGUCUCUGUCUCUGUGUGUCUCUGUGUGCCUCUGGCCUGGAGGUGUCUCUGUGUGCCUCUGUGUGUCUCUGUCUCUGUGUGUCUCUGUGUGCCUCUGGCCUGGAGGUGUCUCUGUGUGUCUCUGUGUCUGUGUGUCUUUGUCUCUGUGUGUCUCUGUGUGUCUCUGGACUGGAGGUGUCUCUGUGUGCCUCUGUGUGUCUCUGUGUGUCUCUGGACUGGAGGUGUUUCUGUGUGUCUCUGUGUGCCUCUGUGUGUGUCUCUGUGUGUCUCUGUCUCUGUGUGUCUUUGUCUCUGUGUGUCUCUGGACUGGAGGUGUCUCUGUGUGUCUCUGUGUGUCUCUGGCCUGGAGGUGUCUCUGUGUGCCUCUGGCCUGGAGGUGUCUCUGUCCGUGCUGUGUAGCGCUGCGUCUCCCUCUCUCUCUUCUGUUGGUAUUUUAUCGACGCAUGCCCAUGCAUGUCACUCUACUAUUAAAUACAAAGUCUCGGUAAUUAACGAUAAUUAAUGACGAUGAUGAUUGAUGAUAAUAAAAAAACACUUUUGCCGUAA